AUGUUCAAGCGUACCUGCACGGAUCUGACCAAAAUACCCAAGGAGAAGGUGCGCCAGUGGCUGACCACAAUCGAAUCGGUGAUAUUCGAUGCCGACGGUGUUCUGUGGCACCUGAACCGGCCGAUCAAUGGGGCAGUGGAGACCUUUAAUAUGAUCAAGAGCUUCGGGCAGGCAGGUUCCUCAGCGCGAAGGGGUUCAAAAAGAAGGCGUACAUCGUCGGGGAGUCGGCCAUUGUCGAUGAGCUGGCCAAGGCAGAACAUCUGCAGCUUCUCUGUGGGCAAGGAGAAGCUGCUCAAGCCCAUGGAACAGUUUGCCAAGGAUAUGUACCUGGAUCACGAGGUGGGCGCCGUGAUAAUCGGCAAGGAUGAGAGCUUCAAUGUGCCGAAGAUAAUCAGGGCCAGUUCGUACCUCCAGGAGCCGAAGGUCCUCUUCCUGGGCACCUGUCUGGACACCGCCUAUCCGGUGGGCAAAAACCGGAUGAUUGUGGGCGCCGGUGCCAUGGUGGCCGCCGUGAAGGCCAUCACUGGCCGAAUGCCGCUGAUUUUGGGCAAGCCGAAUCCCCUGAUGGUGGAGCAGCUGCUGCAAUGCGGCGUCCUCAAGCGGGAGUCCACGCUGAUGGUUGGCGACACUCUCUACACGGACAUUCUGUUCGCCAGCAACUGCGGCUUCCAAUCGCUUUUCGUGGGCACCGGCGUCAGCAUCUUGAAAGAGGUGCGCCAGAUUUGCAAUGACGAAGGACACAGCAAAGUGGACAUGAUCCCAGACACCUAUCUGCCCUCUCUGGGACACUUGCGGGAGUUCCUCUGCUAGAUCUGUCGAUCAUGAACACAACACAUGAAUGCAUGCCCAUCCAUCUCGUACACCUUCUAAAUGUAAUGCUUCCGGUAAUCACCGGAUAGCACUCACGGGA